AUGGUUGGCAAUGCGGCGGCUUUCGACAAAUGCCCCAAGCACAAGACAAAGCUCAAAGGCCUGAUUGAUUUGUGGGAGGAGAAGCGAUACUUCACGCCAGAGGUGGUUACGCAGCUCCGCACAGCUCUCGCCAACGGUUCAGCUGAGAUUACUGCCGUAAAUCUUGAGCUUUCCGAGAGCUCCCUGAAACUCGCCAAGGACGCACCGUAUAUUCUGCCCUCCUUCCAUGGCGAUGCUUCCAUCCCAUGGUACGAUCUUCCGGCAGGGACCUGGCUACCUCACAUCACACCAAACUCCUCUAGACCCAUGAUCCCCGAUCAAAUUCGCCCCAUUCAACUCGCGGCAGGGCCUGCGGAAAAGCGAGUCGUGGAUGCCGUCAAGAUGCUGCUGAAAGAUGCAGAUUACAUCUACGCUAAAGAGGGCGAGCCGAGCGACGAUUUGCAGACGGGAUUCAGUGAACUUGGCGAACGCAUUAUCCUGGACGAAAUCACGGGCAAAGUAAUAGGA